CUAUCGCUCAGCUUGGCAGCAGGACGCUGGCAACAGGCACACUCCACACUCCAGCCCAGCCUGCGCGCUCCCUCACCGCCAUGGUCGCCAUGCCCACCGCCUUGUGCUCCAUCGCUCUGGCCCUGCUUGUGGCCCUGCACGAAGGCAAGAGCCAGGCCGCUACCACCCCCACCCCAGAGCAACCAGUGCCUUUGCCCCGGGCCCGAGGCUCCCACCUGCGGACUCGACGUUGCUCCUGCAGCUCCUGGCUCGACAAGGAGUGCGUCUACUUUUGCCACCUGGACAUCAUCUGGGUGAACACUCCCGGACAGACAGCUCCUUACGGCCUGGGAAACCCGCCAAGACGCCGGCGCCGCUCUCUGCCAAGACGCUGUGAAUGCUACAGUGCCAGGGACCCCGCCUGUGCCACCUUCUGCCAUCAAAGGCCCUGGACUGAGGCGGUGGCAGUCCCAGUCAGCGGGUCCCCUGCAGCUGUGUUCCCGGAUAGCAAGACUCGGGCCACGGCGGGAGAGCUCCUCCAGCGGCUGAGGGUUAUUUCUGCAACCAAGAUCCACUUUGCUAGGCAACAGCAGAAGACGACGAGGGAGACCAGACCUACACACUCCAGGCAGAGGAAGAGAUAGCUCUCGACUCUGGGAGAACUUUGGGAAGGAAGCCUGUGUGGAUACAGGAGGAGAGGGGCAUCCCAGAGCUGGGUUCCGACCUGUUUCCUAGGCCAGAAAACCCAGCUGCUGGAGCAGGCACAAGCUCUGGCCUCCUUGCCCUGGGGAGGGGGCCUCACUCAAGGCAGCUCCGUGACACCAGGAAAGCUAUCAGGCCCCGGGCUGCAGCGUGGCCUCCCACACUGGCUCCGGUUCCAAGGCCCUGCAGAACGGAAUGGCAUGCGGAAUGUGCUAACCUGGAGGUGUCCUGUCUGGUGGCUGCGAACCAGGAACAACGUGCAGUGGUGGGCACUCACACCUCAGCCAGCCCCAGAGGCCAAACAGGCCCUCCCAGGGUUGAAGUCCCGGCCGCCCCCCACCCCCCGCCCCCGGUCUGUCCCGUCCAGCCCUCCCUCUCCAGUGUCCUUAUUCUCCACUCAUACCCUCGGGACACUCUUGGUGAGAAGGGCCUGCACCGCUUCACCUGUCUGUAUAUAACUUAUUUGCUCUAAGAAAUUUGAUGAUUCUGAUUAUUUAUUUUAACGUAUUUUUUUAGACUCUCAAUUAUUUACCUGCAAACUUGUGUUUGUAAUAAACAACAAAAUGAUGC